AGCACCUCUGUUUGGUUUGUUUUCACUUUCCCACUUUUCUCUUCCUUUUUGUUUAUAUUUUUCUCCCCAAUGCUGUGUUGUUUGUUCCUUUUUCCUUUUGUUGCAAGAUACUCUCUUCUACCAUACUUACACAUAUACAUACACAUACACAUAUAUUUACACAUAUACAGUACUACCAUCGUCAUGAUCAUUAAGAUUUAAGAAGACUAGCACUGCAACUAGUCUAUACAGUACUAAAAAGCUUUCUUGAACAGACUCAGCCUUUUAUUUCUCUUGUCUGCCAUCUAUUCUUAAUAAAUACUCCCGUCUCUUUGUUUUCUUCCCUCUCAUCUCUCUCUGGGGGAAUCAGUUUGAAAACCCAUUUUACAAUCUUGGUAUUUCUCAAAAUUUCUUAAAACCCACAUAAACCCUUUGUUGAACCAAGAAAGAUGAUAACUUUAACAGAUUUUUACCAUGUUCUUACAGCUGUGGUUCCACUCUAUGUGGCCAUGAUAUUAGCUUAUGGUUCAGUGAAAUGGUGGAAAAUCUUCACACCUGAUCAGUGUUCAGGCAUCAACAGAUUUGUGGCUCUCUUUGCAGUCCCUUUGCUCUCUUUUCAUUUCAUCUCUACAAACAAUCCUUACACAAUGAACUUCAGGUUCAUAGCUGCAGACACUCUUCAGAAACUCAUAGUUCUUGGGGUUUUAGCCAUUUGGUCAAGAACCAGCUCUAGAGGCUCUCUUGAAUGGUCCAUCACUUUGUUCUCACUCUCCACACUCCCCAACACUCUUGUGAUGGGGAUCCCCCUUUUGAAGGGCAUGUAUGGUGAGGCCUCAGGGAGCCUAAUGGUGCAAAUUGUUGUUUUACAGUGUAUUAUUUGGUACACUUUGAUGUUGUUCUUGUUUGAGUAUAGGGGAGCUAGGCUUCUCAUUGCUGAGCAAUUUCCUGAUAAUGCUAACUCUAUUAUAUCAUUUCGAGUUGAUUCUGAUGUUUUAUCUUUAGAUGGUAAAGAGCCAUUGCAGACUGAGGCUGAGGUUGGGGAAGAUGGGAAAAUACAUGUCACUGUGAGAAAAUCAGCUAGCUCAAGAUCAGAGAUUUUCUCAAGGAGGUCACAUGGGCAUCACUCUGGUGUUUCUUACACACCAAGGCCAUCCAAUUUGAGCAAUGCUGAGAUUUAUUCUCUUCAAUCCUCAAGAAAUCCAACACCUAGAGGCUCCAGUUUUAAUCACAGUGAUAUCUAUUCAAUGAUGAAUGGAAAGAAUGCUACUAAUGCGAGUCCAAGGCAAUCAAAUUUUGGGAAUUUGGGUUUCGAUGAGACUAAGGGUAAUGGGGCUUAUGGCCAGGGGAAUGCAGGGUACCCUGCACCGCCUAGUGCUGGGAUUUUUUCGCCUGUUUCGGGACCGGGAGCCAAGAAGAAGGCUAAUGGGGCAGAUGGGGGAAAAGAUCUUCACAUGUUUGUUUGGAGUUCGAGUGCUUCCCCGGUUUCUGAAGGAGGGAUUCAUGUGUUUAGAGGAGGGGAGUAUGGCAAUGAUCUCAAUGGAGCUGCUCAUGCUAAAGAUUACGAUGAAUUCCGUCGAGAUGAGUUUAGCUUUGAAAACCGACAAGUCCAGAUUGGAGUUGAGAGGGAAGGCCCUAUGCUACCGAAGCUUGGUUCAAGUUCAGCUGAGUUGAAUCCUAAAUCAUUGGCCAAUGGGGAAAUCAAGCCUGUGCCCAUGCCACCUACUAGUGUCAUGACCAGACUUAUCUUGAUCAUGGUGUGGAGGAAACUUAUUCGGAAUCCAAACACGUACUCCAGCCUUUUCGGUCUCACAUGGUCAUUGGUCUGCUACAAAUGGGAUGUCGAAAUGCCUGCUAUAAUUGCAAAGUCAAUAGCCAUACUUUCUGAUGCUGGUCUUGGAAUGGCAAUGUUUAGUCUUGGUUUGUUUAUGGCAUUGCAGCCUAGAAUUAUUGCUUGUGGAAACAAAGUGGCUACCUUUGCUAUGGCUGUUAGAUUCCUCAUGGGUCCUGCUGUCAUGGCUGCUUCCUCAAUUGUGGUUGGUUUGAGAGGAGUUCUGCUGCAUAUUGCCAUUGUUCAGGCAGCCCUUCCACAAGGAAUUGUCCCGUUUGUCUUUGCUAAGGAGUACAAUGUUCAUCCCGACAUCCUGAGCACCGGGGUUAUAUUUGGAAUGCUGAUAGCACUUCCGAUCACACUGGUUUACUACAUCUUGCUGAUGGUGUGAAAUUGAAGCCCUGUUCUUGCUGCAGUCCAAAAAGAAGUAACCUUUUGGAAAACUAACCCCUGUUAACCGGUUAAGUGAUGUUUAUUUUAGUAGUAUAUUUUUGGGUGGCAUCUAACUAAGAAGAUAGAAUAUGGAGCUGACUUGGUAGAGCAAAGGGAUGUGAAAGUAUGGAGAAGAAGCAAUAUUGUAUUUUGAAAGUUUAAUAGCAGCUAAAUGUUACUACUACUUUUGUUGUUU